AUGAUGGAGAAGAUGUCUGAGAAGAUCGAAUCUGAGGCGGAGAAAGAAUCCGAUCUCUACGACAAGUUCGACUGUUACUGCAAGGGCACCAUCAAGGAGCUGGAGGAGAACAUCAUGCAGGCGGAGACCAACCCCAUUUCUCCAGCCGACAUCGAGAAGAAGCAGGCUGAGAUUGUCGCACUGGAGCAGGAUGUCCAGAAGCUCAAGGACGAUCGCAUCGCGGAGGAAGAGUCGCUAAAGGCGGCCACCUCGCAGCGUGGAAAGGAGCAUGAACAUUAUGUGGACGAAGUGACUGAGGAGACGGAGGUCGUUCAGAGCGUCGACACCGCCACGGCGGCCAAAGGAUCCAAGUCCGUGUCGAAGAUGCUGCGCGCCGUGGAGCGUGCCAGCCGCGUCGAUACGGAGGCGAAGCAGAAGGUGACGGCUUUUCUCAGUGGCCAGAGCAGUGCAGCAGAUCCCGGCUAUGUCGUGGGAAUGCUCUCCGAAAUCAAGGACACGGCCGUGGAAGACAUCAAGGCGGAAAACGAGACCGAGGACACGUCAGUGGAAGCUUACGGAGAGGUGAAGACGGCCAAGAAGACCGAAAUCUCGUCCCUCCUGAACCAGUUCGAGAGGAAGAUGAAGAACAUCGGUGAGAUGAAGCUGGAAGUCGUUAACAUGAAGCAUGAGCUGGGCGAGAUGGGUGAGUCCAUCGAGGAUGACAAGAAGAUGUUGGCAGAGCUGAAGAAGAGCUGCAGCAAGAAGGCCUCCGACUGGGAAGCACGAAAGGCGGCAAGAGCCGAAGAGCAGUUGGCUCUCAAGGAUACCAUCAAGAUUCUCAACGACGACACGUCCCUGGACCUUUUCAGGAGCCGCAGCGCUGCUUUGAUCCAAUUGGCGAGCAGCCGCGAGAAGUCGCGCCAUGACGCGCUGAGCUUGAUCUCCGCGGCCAAGGAGAAAGAUGCGGGGUCACACCCUGAGCUGAACUUCUUGGCCCUGGCCCUCUCUGGCAAGAAGGCGGAUUUCAGCAAAGUCGUGGACAAGAUCGACGGCAUGGUGGAGCUUUUGGCCAACGAGUCUGCUGACGAUGCCUCCAAGCAGGCCUACUGCAAGAAGGAGUUCCGCGAAGUGGCAGCAAAGUCCAAAUCAUUGGGCUCCAAGAUCAAAUCGCUGACUGCCAGCGUGAAGGAGAAGAAGUCCGCCAUUGCCAAGCUCGCCGGUGACGUUACUGCCCUCCAGGCAGGAGUCAAGUCUUUGGACGAGUCCGUGGCAAAGGCCGGCGAGAACAGGAAGGCUGAGCACAUCGAGUACCAGGAGAGUAUGUCCUCCAACUCGGCCUCCCUGGAUUUGCUGACGCUCGCCCGAGAUCGCAUGAACAAGGUCUACAACCCAACGAUGGUGACCGAGACGACCACGAAGAGCCCCUAUGCACUCUCUUUCUUCCAGAGGACCUCUACGAAGGUGCUGCAGCCUCCCCCUACUUUCGAGGGCGCCUACGAAAAGAAGGGCGAGGAAAGCAACGGUGUCUUGAAGAUGAUCGACACGCUGUCCAGCGACAUCGAGAAGGAGAUGGCCGUCGCCAAGACUGAGGAAGAGGAUGCUCAGGAGGACUACCAGGAGACGAUUGCCGAUGCCGCCAAGACGCUUGGGCUGCUCGCAACAGCCCCGAACACUAAACCCUAG